AUGGAACAUCAGAGAAAUGUUACAGAAUUUAUUCUUUUGGGGCUCUCAGCUAUUCCAGAGGUACAAAAAAUGUUGUUCUUUGUGUUCAUUAUUAUAUAUGUCAUCACCAUUGGGGGCAACCUCCUCAUUUUGGUCACCAUUGUUUUUAGCCAGGCACUAACCACACCCCUGUAUUUUUUCCUGGCUUACCUAUCUUUUAUUGACACUUGCUAUUCUACCUCGGUGACCCCAAAACUCAUUGCAGAUUGUUUGUAUGAGAAGAAAACCAUCUCUUUUAAUGGGUGUAUGACUCAGCUCUUUGCAGAACAUUUCUUUGGUGGUGCUGAGAUUAUCCUGCUCACAGUUAUGGCCUAUGACCGCUAUGUAGCCAUCUGUAAGCCCUUGCACUAUGUGACUAUCAUGAACCAGCGUCUAUGCGGUCUUCUGGUAUUGCUGGCAUGGAUGUGUGGCUUUCUCCAUUCCACAGUUCAGAUUCUCCUUGUCUUUCAGUUACCCUUCUGUGGCCCCAACUUGAUGGAUCACUUUGUUUGUGAUUUUUACCCAUUGCUGGAACUUGCCUGUACUGACACCUUUGUUACUGGUAUCUUGGUAAUGGCCAACAGUGGGGUUAUAUGCCUGGUGAACUUCUUCAUGCUGGCUGCCUCCUAUGUCAUCAUCUUGCAUUCUCUGAGGUUCCACAGUGUGGAAGGGAGAAGUCGAGCACUCUCUACCUGUAGUUCCCAUUUCACUGUAGUUGUCUUGUUCUUUGUACCCUGCGUAUUCACAUAUGUACGACCCUUGUGUACUCUGCGUAUUGAUAAAACUGUGGCUAUAUUCUAUGGCAUUCUCACUCCUAUGUUGAACCCCCUGAUCUAUGCCCUAAGAAACUCAGAGGUAAAAAGUGCCAUAAGGAAAUUGUGCGGAUAA